GGUAGCCUCCCUUCCGCCUUCUGAGGCCAGCCCUCCUGGGCCCUUCAGAUAGCUGCGCACACACGUCCUCCCGGUAUGCAUUGGGAAGAAGGGCUCCGAAGACGGUGAAAUCCAAGAUUGACCCAAGGUGACAGGUGAGGAAACGCGAUAUCCUCUGACUGGUACCCUUUCCUUCUCUCAGUGGAGACAUUCCCGGACUCACCUAUUCUGAGUCCACCACUGUGUCUCCCAGAUGCCUGUGACUCCCCAGCAGCCCUCGGGGCACACGGAAGGGCUCCCUGAGCCUACAGAGGAGGCAGCAAUGUGGGUAGUAAUCCCCUGCGGCCCUUGUAUUCCCAUCAUGCUGGGCCUGGCCUCUCUCACAGCCUUCUUCAUCAUAACUACUGCUGUACUGGCCGAACGCCUGUUCCGCCGCCCACAACCAGACCCCUGUCAGCGUGCACCCACCCUCGUCUGGCGCCCUGGAGGAGAGCUGUGGAUUGAGCCCCCAAGCAGCGCCCGGGAGCGCUCUGAGGACUGGUAUGGCUCCUCCAUACCUCUGCUGAUGGACAGGGCUCCAGAUCCCCCAACCCCCGGGGGCACCUUGGAGGGCAGAGCAACUGCUCCACCAGCCCCUUCAGCUCCACACUCUUCGCCCAGCUCUUUAGUUCCUCAGACCCCACCAGAAGUCCCAGCCCAGAGCACCUUCUGGAGGCCUCAGACCCAAGAGGAGAGGCCCCAUGAUACAGGCCUGGUGAGCUGGGUUGGGCCUGAGCCUAUGCCAGAGGCUGGCUUGCAGGUUGGGAGCCCCAGGGCUUGGAGGCUGAGGCAAGGGAGUCUGGAACCUGACUGGGGUCUCCAGCCUCGGGUCACCCUGGAGCAGAUCUCAGCAUUCUGGAAGAGGGAAGGCCGGACCAGUGUGGGCUUCUGAACUUUCAGAACCUGUAAGACUAACUCCCACCUCAGAGGGGCUACAGAAGUCAACUGCAGCCUCAGGCCUUUUGUGUGGAAAUUCCUGUCUUCUGCACCUGGCUGGUGGUCAGGCUAAGAGUGUGUAUAGUUUGCACUCCAAAGCUUUCCUGAAGUUUAGCUUAGGUUAAAAUGUCUAGGUUGUGACUCUGAGAAUUGAAGGCAAGGCUAGUUGGCUAUAGGUCAGAAGGCUUCAAGAUGGCAUAUCAGGAUACAAACUUACCUAAGACAGCCUAUCAGAAUGAAGAAGUCCUGUAUGGGAUGCUGACCAACAGCCCAGAGCUGGUAGUUAUGAGUGUCAGUCAUGUGGGCAGGAGAUGGCAGGAAUCUUGCCCUCCAGAGCCACAAACCCUAUCUGUGCCCAGCCACUCCCUCCCACCACUGUGAGGCCCUCCAGGAAAACACAGAGGACAAAUCCAGAAGGAGUCUUUGAUUCUGUACAAGUCAUGGCUUUGACCACAUGAAAUUUGCUGAGCCAAGCUGGAGAGGCCGUCUCUUGCCUGGAACUGGGACAUAGACUCAAAAAGAGGCUCAGUAGGCUCCUCUGCCCAUUGACUUAUGGCUGCAUAUAUCCUACAAUGCAGUUUUAUUGUUCCAUGUUAAGAAAAGCAUGACCUAUCCAUAACUGGGUUUAUUCGGGAUGCUCCUCAAACAUAGCCUUUGCAACCUUUCCCUCUGGCUUGCUGGAGUAGUCUAGAGAGCCAGGUUUGCUGUGAGGCAGGCUUACCUAUAGUGUGAUCCAUGCCAUGGAAAUGGAAUCCCAAAUAUCUAUGUGCCCACCAGCUGACCUCUCUUUUAGGAGAGGGUUCGCAGUGGGGAAAUCACUGGAGUUUUCAAUCCCUGGAAAUAUGAAUUCCCAAACUUCAGUCAAGAGUAUGAAGAUUCUGCUGUAUCAAUUUACCUUUUGUUUUAUUAUUUACUUUAUAUUUUUGCUUAAAUUGGUUCACUGCUUAAUAAAUUUGUUUUAAAGUGAA